CCAAGAAGAAGAGAACUCCGUGCCCCAGCAAAUUAAAGCACCCCAAACCCGACGCGGCGACGCCGCGCACGACCACCAGGGGAGAGGGGACCAGUGGCCCGGGAUCCCCAAAUUGCGGGGGAGAAAUCGAAGGAGGUGGAGGAUUAGAAGCUUCGAGAAUGUUCCGGAACCAGUACGACACCGACGUGACGACGUGGAGCCCCGCGGGGCGGCUCUUCCAGCUGGAGUAUGCCAUGGAGGCCGUCAAGCAGGGCUCAGCCUGCGUCGGCCUCUGCUCUCUCACCCACGUCGUCCUUGCCUCCGUCAACAAGCCCGCCUCCGACCUCUGCUCCCACCAGCGCAAGGUCUUCCGCGUCGCCGACCACGCGGGGGUCGCGCUCGCGGGGCUCACCGCCGACGGCCGCGUCCUCUCACGGUUCCUCCGCAACGAGUGCAUCAACCACUCCUUCGCCUACGAAGCUCCGCUCCCGGUGUCCAGGCUCGCGCUACGCCUCGCGGACAAGGCGCAGGUUUGCACACAGCGUUCAUGGAAGAGGCCUUAUGGUGUUGGGCUCCUUGUGGCCGGACUGGACGAGACACGAUCUCAUCUCUAUUAUAACUGCCCCAGUGGGAAUUACUUUGAGUACCAGGCAUUUGCUAUUGGUUCUCGCUGUCAGGCCGCCAAGACUUUCCUUGAGCGCAGAUUCAAGGGCUACAAGGACUACACCCCGGAGCAACUCGUCAAGGACGCCCUGUCUGCCAUAAAGGAAACACUGCAAGGCGAGAAGCUGAGCAGCUCCAACUGCACGGUUGCCAUCGUCGGCCGAAAGGAUGAUGGCACAGGAGAGCCUUUCAAGCUGAUUGACGCAACGAGGAUCCAAGAAAUAAUUGACUCCAUGGAGGCGGCUGAGGAGGCGCCCACGGAGCCGAGCUCCAUGCAGGAGGGCAGGGGCUCAGAUGCUGCGCCCAUGGACAUCUAGUGCCGGCCUCUGAUGACCUGAUUUACCAGCCCUGCACCACAAUUCUGAGUUCGUAAGGAGUAGCUGUUUUAGAAAGUCGAUGAGUUGCGAGUGUUGUUGUGGACUAUUGCUACCAAGCUCCCUGCUCCAGCUUUGUGGUGCUCUCUUCGACCUGCCUUUGUUUAGGGGUUGUUGGACCGAUUAUCCAGCGACGCAAAACAAAAAUCUUUUGGUUCCUGGGACCAGCCCAAUUCUGCC